AUGAGUGUCGACAACAAAAAACCUUCAAAAGCAAUAUACCGCAAACAAAUUAACGACUUUCCAGCAUGCCAAAUUUGCGCAUAUCCAUAUGACACUUAUUCUCGGCUUCCUAAACUUUUGGACUGUGGCCACACUAUCUGUCUUAUGUGCGCAGAAUCCUUAAUAAAAGGCCGAUCUAUACAGUGUCCAUUUGAUAAAACAAGCACAAAUCUUGGCUACUUAUCAAAACUUAGGGUGAAUUAUGCAUUAUUAGAUAUAGUAGAAGAAGGCUCUUUAAUUUCAAUGUGUGAAAUCCACAACCAAGAAGUUAUCGCAUAUUGCCAAAAUGAUUCUGCAUUAUUAUGUGUCGAUUGUGUAUUUAAACACUUAAGCCAUGAUUUUUAUUCACUCAAUGACAACAGAUCAAGGCUAAAGGCAGAAAAAUCUAAAAAAAAAUUAUUUGAAUUCCAUGAUAAGAUUAUCAAUAUUAGGGAUAAAUAUCAGAAUUCCUUAAAUAAUUUAGGACCAUAUUUAUUACAUAUCGAAAAAGUUGUGGAUGAACAUAUACAAGCUUUUAAAGCCGCAGAAACCUCAUUGAUAAACGAAAUUAAAGAAGGGACUGAAAAAUGCAUAACCGCAAUAAAAAGCUUAAAAGAAGUCCAAGAAAUAAAGAAAAUUGGGGAAAAUUUGAAUACAACAGUGAAUAGAUGCAAUAAAGAGCUGAAAAAGGUCAAUGAAGAUAUACCGUAAGCACGAUUAUAGAUCGACCUGAGAACCCCCCACCUCCUGACAGUUUCAACUUUAUCGAAAUCUACAAAUUAAUUUUUGACUUGUCAAAUCCUUCGUGAGGGACUUGUCAUUUUGAAUUAACAAUGUCGUUAAAAUUGAAACCGUCAGGGGGGAGGGAAGGCGGAGUUUCAGAUCGAGCCAUACCUGUUCUGAAGGUAUAUACAAAAAAUUUGACUCUGCAAGCACUGCUGAACAAAUUUCAUGAGAAUUGGAAGAGAAUUUUUUCCAAGAAAUCCCAACUGUAAAAAAUUUUAAUAUUAUUGCUUGCAGCGUGAAAAUUAAUUAUGAAGAAGCAAUAAGGAGAAAAGAAAUUGAUAAAUCAGACUUUGUGUGGCUCAAAAAGGCAGAAAAUCUUGACUCGAAUAAUAAUUUGGAAAAUCUGGCUUUUAUGGUGAGUUCUGUGUCUUUAAUAAUUCCAGAUUUAUCAAAAUAUCCGAAUAAUAGUCAUAAGCAAAUAUUGGGAGAACAUUUAUAUCCGUUGGUCUUGGCGCUAGCACCUUCUGAUACAGCAGCUAAAAUAACUACAAUGAUUCUUGAUCUGCCAAAUAAUGAUAUUCUCAGGAUGCUUAAAAAUCAUAUAGACCUAAAAGCUGAAGUUGAAAAAUUCGCAAAUGCUUUAAAAAGUGCUUGCCCCUAA